AUGUUUACAGAGUUUGAUCGAGAGGGGACGGAAGGUAUUCAUGCAUGGGAGUUGUGGAAGAUGGUGGGAAGGAACAGGGUGGCAGCUGAUGUUGCUGGAUGGAGUUUUGCGGUUAUGGAGUGGUGCACGACUUGGAUUUUACUCCAAGCAGAUGGGAGAGUUUCGAAGGAUGAUUUAAGGCAGUGCUAUGAUGGAACAUUGUUUUGGAGGCUGAAGAGGGAGAGGGAGGAGGGUAUUGUGUCGAAGCAGGGGUAUGGACUGAGGGAGUUCUUUGUUGAUCUGCUGAAGAUACUGCGCGUAAAAGUAGCUGCGCCGUCUUGA